AUGUCACUGAAAGAGAGAACUGCAAAACCCAGUCCAGUGCCAACAGAGGAGCUCCGUUACUACUCAUUGCAUGAUCAACGCUCAUCGGUGACAGGCACAGGUAAUUCUGUUCCAGUGCCUAGACAUGCUGGUUGGUCAGCUCUGCUAUCUCCUGGACUUUUGAGUUCCUUUGUCUUGCUUAGUGCAGUAGCCCUGCAGAAGCAGAGCUUUACAUGCUUUUAUAACAAUGCUCAGCUGGUGGCCUAGGACAUUGUGUUCUGCUGCUGCCUCCUGUCACACAUGCUGUCCAUCUGCUGUCAUUUGUCCUGUCACGGUGUACAGCCUCUGGUGGUCAUUUUUUAUGCAGGCCUGAACAGCAUCAUGUGGCAGAACCUGCCUCAGCAGAAGGCACUGAAACUAAGCAGUGACCUCAGCUUUCCUGAAUGCUGCCUCAUCUGUGCAAAAACCUUCCUGCCCAGGUUUGUGUGCAAGAGUUUUGUCAGGAAAGAUUUUGCCCCUUUGAUUACUCAAGAGGAGAAAGUAAGACAGUUGAAUGCUGAGGUACUGCUUGUCUCUGCUUUGCAACUUGCUUCAUCUCAAAAACCACUAUUUGUUACAUUUUUAGCAAGCUGCUUUGAACUGUUGUUGCCAGCAAAGGUUUCCACGUUUUCCCUUCCCAGAACCUUCCCCUUGUUUGAUUUGACAGCUGUGCCACUGAGAAAGUCUCUCUUUAGUCAGCUGCUGGAAAAAGAGCUUGUUUGGUGCCAUCUGAUGCCUGGUGCUCUACUGUACCAGGCACCCUCUGGAAACUGUCCUAUAAAGCAAUGUGGGCUGGUCAGCACCAAGACAUCUCUCACUUCAGGUGUAGUGGAGCCUAGUGUGAUACUGGAUGACAAGUCUCCAUUCUCCACAGCUGCUUCCAAUGGUUUCUCAGAAAUUCCAGAGGAAAAUGCUGAGUAUGAUUCUAAAUCUUCAUAAACCAUAAUGAAACCCAUGAA